AUGCACCGAAUCCAGGAUUCGGGUUCAGUUUCUUUUCAGUGUUCCUCCAUUGGGGGUCACCUGUAUGACUACCACUUCAUUGGAGAGAAGAAGACCUGGAAAGAAGCCCAGGAGUAUUGCAGAAAGAACCACACUGACCUGGCCACAGUGUCUAACCAGACAGACAUGAAGAGACUCAUGCAUGAACAGCAUGAAGGCGGAGCCUGGAUUGGGCUGCAAAACAACACACCAAACACCGUGUGGCGCUGGUCUCUGUCAGGGGUGGAGUUCAACGAGACUGAGAGUGACUGGUUUGGACAACAGCCAGAUAUUAAAGGCUGUGUUGAUAAAGACCAUCAUGAGAUCUGUGUGAGGCUGCGUGGUGGCACAUGGGAUGACGACUCUUGUUCUACAAAAAAUAAAUUUAUCUGCUAUGACGAAAACAAGAAAUCCGGCAAAACAUUUUAUAUCAGUGAUGAUAAGAUUACCUGGCUAGAGGCUCAGAGCUACUGCAGAGAACACUGCACUGACCUGAUCAGUGGAGUCAAACAGCUGGACGAAUUCGAGCAACAGCACCCGAAUCAUGCAGAAAAUUUCUGGAUUGGCCUGUUCAGAGACUGCUGGAGUUGGUCAGAUGGGAGCAGUUUCUCUUUCAGAUCCUGGGAUAAAGAUGAACCUAAGAAGACAUGUGCUAUGACUACAUCAAAUGGAAAGUGGAGCUCUGAUAACUGUGGUGAAAGAAAACCCUUCUUCUGCUACAACAAUUCAGUGAUCCUGAUCAACCAGAGCAUGAUCUGGGAGGAUGCGUUAUACUACUGCAGAGAUCACUAUCGCGACCUUGUCUCCAUCACCAACCAGGACGAUCAGCGCUGGGUCCAGGAGAGAGCCAAGAUGGCCUCCACUCCCCACGUGUGGCUGGGACUGCGCUACACCUGCACUCUGGACUUCUGGUUCUGGGUCAGUGACGAGACGGUCCACUACAAGAACUGGGGCCCCAGCCAGCCUGGGGACGACUGCAACAUGUCUGGAGCCAUGGACCGAGAGGGAACUUGGGUCAAAAAGAUCGACGAUGACCACCAGCUUAACUUCAUCUGUUCCAAGAACAAACCAGCAGAAUGUCAGUGUUCCUCCAUUGGGGGUCACCUGUAUGACUACCACUUCAUUGGAGAGAAGAAGACCUGGAAAGAAGCCCAGGAGUAUUGCAGAAAGAACCACAACUCCACGACUGAACAGUAUCCAGACGGAGCCUGGAUUGGGCUGCAGCGAGACUGGCGCUGGUCUCUGCCAGGGGUGGAGUUCAACAAGAGUAAAUGGUUUGUAGGACAGCCGGAUAAUGGAGGCAAUCAUGAGAACUGUGUGUGGAUGAAGAUGAAGAAGGGCUACAUAUGGAAUGACUACUCUUGUUCUAAACGCUAUAAAUUUAUCUGCUAUGACGAACACAAGAAACCCAGCAAAAAUGUUUAUAUCAUUAAGUCUAAGAAGAUGAACUGGACAGACGCUCAGAGAUUCUGCAGAGAACAUCACACUGACCUGAUCAGUGGAGUCAAACAGCUAGAAGACUUCAAGAGACAGCGUCAGAAUUAUGCAAAAAAGCACCCGAAAGAUGACAACCCUUUCUGGAUCGGCCUCUUCAGAGACUCUUACUGGAAUUCAGUGAUCCUGAUCAACCAGAGCAUGACCUGGGAGGAUGCGUUAAACUACUGCAGAGAUCACCAUGGCGACCUUGUCUCCAUCACCAACCAGGACGAUCAGCGCUGGGUCCAGGAGAGAGCCAAGAUGGCCUCCACUCCCCACGUGUGGCUGGGACUGCGCUACACCUGCACUCUGGACUUCUGGUUCUGGGUCAGUGACGAGACGGUCCUCUACAAGAACUGGAGCCCCGGCCAGCCUGGGGACGAAUGCAACAUGUCUGGAGCCAUGGACCGAGAGGGGACCUGGGUCAAAAAGAUCGACGAUGACCACCAGCUUAACUUCAUCUGUUCCAAGAACAAACCACCAAAAUGUAACUAA